AUGGCUAGAAUAAUAAUCUCCAACAACAAUACUAAUAACAAUGUUGAGGUGGACAUUGAGUCAUCAAAAGAUGAUGUUGAUGCAAAAACUGGCAUGAAGAAGGGACCAUGGACCCCACAAGAAGAUAUGAUUUUGAUAGAGUACGUGAAUAAGCAUGGUGAAGGGAAUUGGAAUUCUGUUCAGAAAAAUUCAGGAUUGUUAAGGUGUGGAAAAAGCUGCAGACUUAGAUGGGCCAAUCAUUUAAGGCCCAAUCUUAAGAAAGGUUCAUUUUCUGAAGAUGAAGAAAAAAUCAUCAUUGAACUUCAUGCUAAGCUUGGAAACAAAUGGGCUAGAAUGGCUGCUCAGUUGCCAGGAAGAACGGAUAAUGAAAUAAAAAACUUUUGGAACACCAGAAUGAAAAGGCGUCAGAGAGCAGGAUUACCUCUUUACCCUCCUGAAGUCCAAGCAGAAGCUAUUGCAUACAAUAAUCAUCUAAUGAAAGAAUAUCACCAUACUUUAGAUGAACCUUUAUCUUCUUCAUCACCAUCAUUUUCUUUACUCUUAUCUUCAUGUUACCCUAAGAAUAUUGAUAAUGAUCAAAACAAUCAUGAUUAUAAUCCUAUGCAAAACAACUCUGAUUCUUCUAAUCAUUACACCAAUCCAUCUCCACAAUUCAACUUUUCCAAUGAUCAUGAAAAUUUAGAGAUCAAUGAAACUCAUGCAUUGCCAAAUUCACCUUCACUUUCUCCUUAUCCAUCUUCAUCAUCAAAUCUUAUCAACCAUAGUUUUGGUAAUCCAAAUGAUUCACAUGAUUACCAAUAUUCUGAAAAUUUGAGCUAUGAUCAACAUGGAUUCAAUGCAAGGUCUUUGUAUGAUUCUGAAACUCCUGUUUCAUCUUAUGCUAGUGGUGUUGAUGGUUUGAUGGGAAAUUCAAACAUGGUUAAUGAUUGCUAUGAAGAUCAUGCACCACUAUCUCCUAAAGGAAACAAUAGUGGACUUUUGGAUGAUCUUGUGAUGGAAGGUAGAAAUAUUUCAUGCAAUGAUAAGGCUAGGAGUGAGGAUUCAACAUUUAGGGGGAAUGAAUCUUAUAAGAGGAAAAGAAUGGAGGGUGAGGAAUAUGAUGAAGAAAGAGACAUCAUUCCUUUGAUGAAGAAGAGGAUUGUUGAUGAGACUCAGAAGAAAGAUUUUAGCUCUUCUCAAUUGCCAACAGGGAAGAAACCAAUUGAAGAGGAUCCAUUAGCAGGGAUGAAUUCAGUGUAUGAUGAUGACUUGGAUUGCUUGCUCAACAAUUUUCCCUCAGAAAUACCAAUGCCUGAAUGGUAUUGUAGAGGAAAAAGCCAAUCUUUGGGACUUGAAACUCAAACUGAUCAUGCUUCUUCAUCAUCUGUCCCCAACAAUCAAGAAUUUGCUUGGACUCUUGGAUCAACUUGGAGCAACAUGCCUGGAAUAUGUUAAUUAUUUCUCAAAGACAAAGAGAAAGUGUUGUGUAAUGUUUUACAAAACCAUUAUAGUAGAUCCAUAUGUAAGGGGUAGAGUAGUAGUAUUGUUCAUAUGGAUUGAAAUUUUAUGU